UCCAGACCUGCAGACCGUCAGCAUGGCUACUCCGCUCACUGACCAGGAGAAACGCAAGCAGAUCAGCAUCCGUGGUAUCGUCGGGGUGGAAAAUGUUGCAGAGUUGAAAAAAAGCUUCAAUCGCCACUUGCAUUUCACUCUGGUAAAGGACAGGAAUGUGGCCAUACCACUUGAUUAUUAUCAUGCCCUGGCACACACAGUCAGGGAUCACCUGGUGGGUCGCUGGAUCCGGACACAGCAGUUUUACUAUGAGAAGGACCCGAAGCGUGUGUAUUACCUCUCUCUGGAGUUCUAUAUGGGUAGAGCUCUACAGAACACCAUGAUCAAUUUAGGACUGCAGAACGCCUGUGAUGAGGCUAUCUAUCAAUUGGGCUUGGACAUGGAGGAUUUGGAGGAUAUGGAGGAGGACGCAGGAUUAGGGAAUGGUGGACUUGGCCGGCUGGCAGCAUGCUUUCUGGACUCUAUGGCAACUCUGGGUUUAGCUGCAUAUGGUUAUGGGAUCCGUUAUGAGUAUGGGAUCUUCAAUCAGAAAAUCAAAGAUGGCUGGCAGGUGGAAGAAGCUGAUGAUUGGCUGAGGUAUGGAAAUCCAUGGGAGAAGGCACGACCUGAGUACAUGAUUCCAGUGCAUUUUUAUGGACAUGUAGAAGAGACUGAGGAAGGAUCUAAAUGGGUUGAUACACAGGUGGUACUGGCCAUGCCUUAUGACACGCCCAUCCCAGGCUACAUGAAUAACACUGUCAACACAAUGAGACUGUGGUCUGCACGAGCUCCCAACGACUUCAACCUUCGAGACUUCAAUGUUGGGGAUUACAUCCAGGCUGUUUUGGACCGAAACGUGGCUGAGAACAUUUCCAGAGUCCUCUACCCCAAUGACAACUUUUUUGAAGGUAAGGAACUGCGGCUGAAGCAAGAGUACUUUGUGGUAGCAGCGACUCUGCAGGAUGUGAUUCGGCGCUUUAAGACCUCCAAAGAGAAAGCCUCUUUUUCUCUGUCCUUCAACAACUUUCCUGAUAAGGUGGCCAUCCAACUGAAUGAUACACACCCUGCUAUGGCCAUUCCUGAGCUAAUGAGGAUUUUUGUGGACAUUGAGAAGUUGGACUGGGACACGGCAUGGGAUUUAACUAGGCGCACUUUUGCAUACACCAAUCACACUGUGCUCCCUGAGGCUCUGGAGCGCUGGCCUGUUCAACUGCUGGAGAAACUCCUACCACGCCAUCUCCAAAUCAUCUACAAGAUCAACCAGAUACAUCUGGAUCACAUAGCAUCUCUGUUUCCUGGCGAUAUGGAUCGUUUGCGCAGCAUGUCUCUGAUUGAGGAGGAGGGUGAGAAAAAAGUGAACAUGGCUCACCUGUGCAUCGUUGGUUCCCAUGCAGUUAAUGGAGUUGCUGAGAUUCACUCUGACAUCAUCAAAAAUGAAGUUUUUCGAAAUUUUUGUGAAUUAGAAGAAGAAAAGUUCCAGAACAAAACAAAUGGAAUCACUCCACGCCGCUGGCUCUUGUUGUGCAACCCAGGUCUGGCUGACUUAAUCGCAGAGGUGAUUGGAGAAGACUAUGUAAAAGACCUGAUGCAGUUACAGAAGCUGAAUGAUCUGGUGGAUGAUAACGUACUUAUCAGAGACGUAGCUAAAGUCAAACAGGACAACAAGCGGAAAUUCGCGCAGUACUUGGAGAGAGAGUACCAAGUAGAGAUAAAUCCUGCCUCUAUGUUUGAUGUUCAGGUGAAGAGAAUUCAUGAGUAUAAACGACAGCUCCUCAACUGUCUUCACAUCAUCACUAUGUACAACCGCAUCAAGUCCAGACCAGUAGCACCAUUUGUACCACGCACUGUGAUUAUUGGUGGCAAGGCGGCACCUGGAUAUCACAUGGCUAAGAUGAUCAUUAAACUCAUCACUACUAUUGCAGACGUAGUCAAUAAUGACCCCAUUAUUGGUAACAAACUGAAAGUCAUUUAUCUGGAGAACUACAGAGUGUCUCUGGCAGAAAAAGUGAUUCCUGCAACAGACCUCUCUGAGCAGAUCUCCACUGCAGGCACGGAGGCAUCAGGCACAGGGAACAUGAAGUUCAUGCUCAAUGGUGCCCUGACUAUCGGCACCAUGGAUGGUGCGAACGUAGAGAUGGCAGAGGAAGCUGGCAAGGAAAACCUCUUCAUCUUUGGCAUGAGUGUGGAGGAAGUUGCAGCCAUGGACCAAAAGGGGUAUGAUGCAAUGCAGUAUUAUAAGAGUAUCCCAGAGUUAAAUCAAGCAAUUAACCAGAUUAAAAGUGGCUACUUCUCACCCAAACAACCCGAAAUGUUCAAUGACAUCAUCAACAUGCUCUUCAACCAUGAUCGCUUUAAGGUCUUUGCUGACUAUGAGUCCUAUGUUAAAUGUCAGGAGAGAGUCAGUGCUCUGUAUCAGGAUCAGAAAAAGUGGACGCAGAUGGUAAUUAAGAAUAUUGCUGCUUCUGGAAAAUUCUCCAGCGAUCGCACAAUUACAGAAUACGCCACCCAGAUCUGGGGAGUGGAGCCAACCGACCUGAAGAUCCCGCCUCCAAACGAACCCCGAGAAGCCAUUGAUGAAACAGUGCGGGCUCUCCAUAAGAUCUGAUUGUGAUGUUAUGACGGUGUUACAACAUUUGUUUUCGUAUAGUGAUUUAAUGUUACAAUAUACCGUAUAAAUUUACUGUAUUGUAACCAAGGGAUAAAAUACAGCAUUAAA